GGAGGAGGUGGAGAUACCCUAUGGUUUUUUUUUCUUUGCGGGAUUUAUUUUGUCAGCUCCAACACCUUCUUGUGCUUUUAUCUCUUUUUGUAAUAGUGACCGAAGGCCUGCAACUUGUCCGGACGGUCCCUCGCUCCACUCGCAAGGGUUUGCAUUUCUUGGUUUUGCAUGACGUGUCUUGGAGCAAAAAAAAAAAAAAAAGAGAGAGAAAAGAGAGAGAGACAGGGCUUGCUUUUGUUGCGUGUCUUAUAGUGGAAAAUGAAGCUUGGAGAGCUGGAGCGGGAGGCAGCAGUGCCAGUCCGCUGCUGCUGCUGCUGCUGCUGCUGUUGCUGUUGUUGGCUGCACUGGAUUACAGAGCCUGAGAUCUGUACUGACAGCACAGGCAGACAAAAAGAGACUGUGAGCGAAGACAAGGGAAAGAGUCUUUUACUGACACACACAAGCCAGGGCGACUGCUACAGCACAGUUUUUACAGAUGAGCGGUAUUUGUGCACUGCGUGUGUGUCAUUAGAGGAGUGUUGGAGCGGGGCAUCAGGUUCAAGGCAGAGAUACUGGGGAAAACAGGGGGGGGAGACACCUUUAGGACCUGUACAGUAGAGGUGGAUUUUUUGGGAGGGUUAUUAAAAGGUACAACAUCUGCAUGGAGGAGGUAUUUAUGUAUGGUUGGUGUUUUCCACAGUGAUGGUGGUAUUCUUGCAUGUGUUUUUUUUUGAUUAUAUCCUCCCUUUUUUUUGUUUGCAGAUGCUUGUAAUCGCACAUGUUUAAAAGCAUAUGUGAGUGUGCUUGUUGUAGCAGAGCGUCAGGGGGGGUGAUUACAUGUCUGCUUCAGAAUCCACAUGAGCUACAUUACAUGACAACCUGUGUCCAAGGAGACUAUGCAAAGUUGAGGAUGGUGGUGGAGUGUGACAGUGGCUUUGGUCUGUGUGGCUAUGCAGAAAAUAUGGGAUUCAUAUGUGCUUUUAUAUUUCCACCACCUUUUUUUGGAUGGUUAGUCAGAUGAAGGUUUUGUAGAACAAAAAAAACAAGCCUGCAGUUUGUUGAUUCCUCCAUGUAGAAAGCCAUGUCUGUGAUGUAAUGGAUGUGAAUUGAUAUUCUGGACACACGCACAAGCCAUACAUGUUUUCAGACCACAAUGCCAGUGCGACUUUCGGUGGCUUUAGGCCUAGACUGUGAACUGUGCUUUGAGAAUGAUCCAGAUUUGAACUGCAAGCUGUUGAAUCUUAAUUUCAUGAAGCAGACACAUGUCUUCAUUGUCAGAUAGUGGAGGUUUGGGCCCAGAAAAAAACAUUGUUGAAGAGCAGGACAGUUUUAUCACAUUCUUUUAAAAAAAAAAAAUCAAGGCCAUCUUGUGUGAGAUUAUGUCUGAGGUGAACUUCAGAAAUACUAUCAAGAUGAGUUUUAAACACACAUGUAUCAGUGGUUGCUUCUAAUGUGGGUGGUUUGAUAGUGAAGAUCCUGCACAGUGUGCAUAGUUAUUUAAACUUAAUGUCUAAUGUCAUUAUGGAUCGUCGAUAUGCAUGUCAGUGAGAUGCAACUUAAUCAAGGUUUUAUGCAAAUGAAAGUAAUUAGCAAUCAGACAAGAGCAUCUGAAGUGUGCGACAGCUGACCGCUCUUAAUACAACAUCUGAUUUAAUUAAGGCUAUAUUUCAGGCUCGAUACCACUGUCAGUAUUAUUGUCGGACCACAAACUGUCAAACUUUUCAGCUCACACACAGAAUGUGCAUGUUGACUGAAUGACAAAAAUGGCAAGUUCAUGGGUACGCGCUCAAGGUGGCAGGCAGCAAAGUAAAAUAUCUGGUACAUAAUUAAUUGGAGCCGCAUAAUGAUUGGAAACACAAGUAAAAGAGCACUUUUGACACAUAAUCAUCUCGUGUCAGGGCUUAAUGGCUUGGCAGUGUCAGGAAAUGCAGUAUACUCAGCAGAUGAGACUCUAGAUGCCCUUAAUAAAACACUCAUCUUGCAUUGUGUAGAAUGACAGGAGCCUGUUUUUAGCCCCUCUUUGGAAAAUGGCUCAUUGACUAAAUGCACAGUUGAACUUGCUGAGUGAACAUGUUGCAAAUGCUCUCUCUCUCCCUCCCUCUGUCUUUGUCUUGCAGGAGGGCGAGUUUGCUGACCUUGGGUAAGAGGAGCAGGUUACUGUUUGAAGAAAAAAUGUGGCGUCAUGUGCUCAACUCACCAUGGGGGAACAUGUUCAUUGAGAAGACAUUUGCUUUAACUUGAAAAUCGUUUCCACUGGCGGAAUCGGCAGCUUUGUGAGAUUGUGUUUAAUAGAUCAUUUUACACCACUAUUGUAGGAUUUGAUGGACUGCCUUUGGGGAUCUUUGCUUGGAACCUAGCUUGGUUCACUGACUUAAUGCAGGUCUGCCUUACCUGUAAAAGGCUUCAGCUGGUGGAUAUUACAUGAUUACCCUGGAUCUAAUACAUAGAUAACAUUCACUUGGAUAUUGCAGAGAUUCUCCUCGAGGGGUUUUCCACACAGUGUUUGGCACCGAAAGUUUGAUUCGCUGUAAGAGGAGCGUUUUGUUUGGAAGUUACCUAUGAAGGACAUGGAUGGCCCUCGAUCUAGUGGCCUGCGCAAGAAGAGGAAGUCGAGGUCAGAGAGGAAUCGGGAGAGGAGGACAAAUGGGAUAAAGAACAACCAUGUAAAGGGUUCUGUGUUUCGCUUCUCCUCUGACUCGGAGCGGGAGGGUGACAGAGAGCCCUCCUCAUCCCGCCCUCGACCUCCGCGAAGAAAGCGAAAGGAGUCUACUUCUGCUGAAGAGGACAUCAUCGACGGUUUUUCCAUCACUGGGUUCGUGACCCUGGAGGCUCUGGAGAAGAACAUGAUGCUGACGCCACAUGAGUGUAGUGAUAACCAAGCAGGGCCCCUGCACAAGAAAAAGCCUGGCAGAGUCCCCAACGGCUUGAGCCUGGAGACCUGCAUGAACAAUCACUUUCACCUCCAACCUUCUGACCAGGAGAACAACCCUCGUCUGGCACACGCGCAAGGCAAGAAGAAGAAGAAGAAACGCCUGAACAAGAAACAAUCAGUGCUGAAGCCAGGACCCAGAAACUGUAAAGACAGUGACAGUGAGAGUGUAAGUGGAGAGUCCAAGCCUUCCUUCAGGAGCAGCUCCAGAGACCGGCUGACAGAUUGUGACACUGAAAGUGAUCAAGACAACAAGGUCUCCGAUGCUGCCUCUGAGAAGUUUUUCAGCACAGCUGCAGUUAAAGGUCCAGAUUUUGGCGUCGAUGUGCUCUCCACCAAUGGCAGCCAGGAGCCUCACGGCCCAGGCCUCCUCAAGGUGUCAGGCUUAGAGCGCAGUCAAGAGAGGAGCCAGGACAACUGCAGGGACCCCCAACCCCCUGCGUCGAGCACCCCGGCUCAGCCUUUGCCUACUCAAGACCUCCCUUCCCAGCCACAGCCUCAGCCGCCCAGUCCCCGCCCUCUGUCUCCGCACUGGAGCCAAACAAACGGCCCCUCGCAGGUUCCAGCCCCAACACACCUGCCCCAACGUUCAGAGGCUCUCCCCAGGCCUCCGGCGCCCGCAGCCCUGCCUCUCGCUCAGGGCCAAGAGCCCUCGCUGCCCCCCCCUCCCCGGCCCCAGCACCAGCCCGAACAGCUGUCUCAUCCCCGGCCACCGCCGACGCCCAUUCUCCACCCGCAUCCUCCAUCGCCCGCCCUCCCAACUCACCACCACCCCCACCAACAGCAUCCCAGUCAGGCAGGGCCCCAACGGCCCCCAUCGCGCUGCCACCCCCGGCCUCUCUCUGCCUACAACAGCCUCAACGUCAACGGUCACAGCAGCAGCAGAAGCAGCACCCCGGGCGCCAAGCCUCACGGCCCGCCUGGUCCCUCCUAUCUCCUCCCCCACCACCAGCCCCCACCCGCUGUGGUGGCAGCGGCAACAGCGGCGGCCUCCACCUUCCCCCUGCCAUUGGCAGCGAACCAGAGCUCCCCCCACAGUUUCCCCCCUGCCUUGCAGUCCUCGCCUCACCCACAUCACCCCAAUAUGUUCGCUCCUCCAGCGGCCUUGCCUCCACCACCACCACUGACGUCUAGCACCCUGCCAGUACCUGGUCACCCUGCUGCCGGGAGUGCCUACUCAGAGCAAGACAUUCUUCGCCAGGAGCUCAACACCCGUUUCCUUGCUUCCCAAAACGCAGACCGCGGCGCCUCCCUGGGCCCCCCGCCCUACCUGCGGACCGAGUUCCACCAGCACCAGCAUCAGCACCAGCAUCAGCACCAACACACCCACCAGCACACCCACCAGCACACCUUCACGCCCUUCCCCCACGCCAUCAUGCCCACCCCAGCACCGCCUAUGGUGCGUACCCCUGCCAGAAAUUUUGAGAAAUACCCUACAAAAGUUGACCCCUUCUACAGACACAGUCUCUUCCACUCUUACCCACCGGCCAUGUCUGGCCUUCCCCCCGUCAUCCCACCGACCGGGCCCUUCGGCUCGCUGCAGGGCGCCUUUCAGCCCAAGACCUCUAAUCCACUGGACGUGUCCACAAGACCCGGAGCCGUCCCACACACGUUCUUACAGAAGGACCCCAGGCUAACAGAUCCAUUUCGGCCCAUUCUCAGGAAACCAGGGAAGUGGUGCGCCAUGCACGUUCAUACUGCCUGGCAGAUCUAUCACCAUCAGCAGAAAGUGAAGCAGCAGAUGCAGGUCGACCCUCACAAGCUAGACUUUGGCCUGAAACCCGAGUUCCUGAGUAGACCUCCGGGCCCCGGCAUCUUUGGUGCCAUCCAUCACCCCAGCGACCUGGCACGGCCCGCUACGCUGUUCUCCGCCGCAGGUCCCACUCACCCGUCUGCGGGGCCCUUCGGUCAUCCGCCGCACCAUCCGGGAAACUUCCUCAGUCCAGCCUCUCACUUGGAACCCUUCGCUAGACCGCCGUCAUUUGGAGGACUGGGAUCUCUGAGUUCAUCGGCUUUCGGAGGACUUGGAAAUCCAGCACUAAAAUCCCUAACAGCGGCCAACUCUGUAUUCGGCCAUAAAGACGGCCCAAACGCACAGCAGCACUUCAACGGCAGCAGUAACAGUAGCAACCAGGAGCCGUGGAACCGCCUGCACCGCACGCCGCCCUCCUUCCCCACACCGCCGCCCUGGCUAAAACCUGGAGACUCCGAGAGGAGCGCCUCAGUCAGCUCGCACGAGAGGGACAGAGACUCCGACAAGCGAGAGCCGCCGGUCAGUAAAGACGACAAGGACAGGGACUCUGUGGAGAAGCGUCACAUGAGCCAUCCGUCGCCGGUCCCCGUCAACCCUGUCGGCCUCCUCGGCCACAGCAGGCCUCCCGAGCACCACAGGAACCACUUGGCCCUCGCCUCUGGAGAACCUCAGAGGGACAAAGAGGGCAAGGCGGCAAAAGACAGAGAGAGGGACCACGCCGAGCCCUGGAAGGACAACGGCGCGGAUGACCACAAGCUCAAAGACAACCAGCACGGCGAGAAGGACGCGCCGGUCAUCCACGACAACAGAGUGUCAGAGGACAGAAUACCCAACAGGGGGACGGCGUCGCCCUACGUUCGGCAGAGCAGCCUAGAACGUCCCGGCGGCGGGCCGGGCAGAGAAGUCCCGGAGAAGAAGGUCGAGCCCCCGUAUGAGCACCAGAAGAAGAGCGGUGAAGUCAAAGUGAAGGAGGAGAGGAAGGAGGAACAGGAAGUGGUCACAGAGAGGCCGAGUGAGCACCCGCCACAGGCGCCCGCCGCGCCGAACCUCCACCCUCCCUCCUCUAUGCCUAUGCCCAUGGGAAUGGCGGGCGUCCACCCUAUCAACAGCAUCAGUGGCCUGGAGAGAACUAGAAUGGUGGCACCCUUCAUGGGUAUCAGCCCCAUCCCAGGAGCCGACAGGUUCCCCUACCCCGCCUUCCACUGGGACCCGAUGCGGGACCCGUACAGAGGCCUGGACAUUCACAGGCGGGACCCUUUGGCCAGGGACCUGCUGCUAAGAAAUGACCCCCUGCACCGGCUGGCGGGGCCACGUCUCUACGAGGCCGAGCGCUCCUACAGGGACCGCGAGCCCCACGACUUCAAUCGCGAUCACGCUCACUCUCUGGCCCUGGAGCAGAGGAGGGAGCACGAGCGCGCUCACCUGGAAGAGCGCGAGCGCCUCAACAUGCUCAGAGAGGACUUUGAGCACGGACGCCUCCACCCGGCGAUGCACCAUCCCGCCCUCGACGGACACCCCCUCCACCCCGCCCCGGGCCUCAUGGCCGCCGGACUCCCGGGCGUGCACUUCUCCCGAGUCAGUCCCUCGGCCGCUGCGGCGACCGCCCACCAGAACGGUAUCCUUAACAAAACGCCGCCCACCGCCUCGCUGAGUGCCCCGCCCCCUCUCAUCCCCACGCUGGGCGCCCGGCCCGGCUCGCCCAGACGGACUACUCCCCUGGCCACAGAUAUCAGAGACAGGCCGGCUCACAAAGACAUCGAGGCGCGGUGAGCUGAGUCUCAGUGCACUCUGUGCCCCUUCAGCCCUGUGCCUCACUAACACUCGACUCACACCAAGCACUUAGCUUUGGGCAAAGCAAAACUGUAAUAUAGCUGUGAAUAACUUAUGUGGGCAGAGACACGCCCACACCACAAUGAAUUGUUUUUGUAUAAAACUACAAAGAGACAAUAAUCAUGGGACAAAAAAAAAGGAAUUUUUACAGUUUUUUUUCCCCCCAAUUUCGCUCCAGCUUUUUUUGCGUUCAUUGUACAGCAAAGUGACACGGAGUAAGAACAAACAGUUUCGGAACGUGUAGGUACUUCGGCACUGACGGCAAAGUGUGUAGAUAAAGUGUACAGUCGCUGUUCUCGUUCUGUAUGGAUUCAAAAUCGUGGUACAAAUAUGCAAAAGGGUGUUUUGAAAGCUUUACUUUGAACAAAAUGUAAACACGAGUAUUCAGAAUGUGCUUAUUUGCUAUUUCCUUUUCGUUGUGCUGAUUAGCAUUGUACCAGAGACCCCAUAUUCAACUAUGCAACAAUCGUCUGGGCUCCCUUUCUGAAAGCUGGCCUCGUCACCAAAACCGACUGUUCCGCUGACGGACAGAGAGCUGUAUUCUCUCCACAACUCAGACUAAACAAACACUAGGUCCCUGCGAGCAGAGACGAGCUUUAACGGAAACACAUAAUUUGGGAAAAACUAAUCUUUGAAAAAAUACUUUCUCGACUACGAUAAAUUGUGUUGACAAUCUUACAAACGGCUGACGGAGAAUCGCAUUUCUAAUUAAAGCCAGCAGCACAAACGUCACAGAACCUUUGCUCUCCUAUUGCUCCUUUACUCAGUUACCGCCAGUCUUGUUCUGGGGAGAAUGCAGCACAUGAAACACCAUGACAGCACAUUAGCCCUGUAGAAGGAGUGUCAAGUACACAGUUCUGUUGGUCAAACAGUGUAUUAAAGUGCUUUCCUGAGUUGUUGUACCUACAAAAUCAAAAGACAAAAAAAGCUCACCUGAGGGCAGUUUGUUUCUAACGAGCAGAGAUCUAUUUUAGUAGUCCACUGAAGGUUUAGUUGUGCGCUUCAAACUCUGUGAUAUCAUGUUGUGCGGUGUUUUUUUUAAAUCCAACGGAAAUGUCCACCAGAGCCAUAGUGGUUAGUCGACGCGUAUUUCAAAAAGAUUGUUCAAUGAGAAAAGAAACUUUUUUGCUGUUUACCGUGUACAGGGGGAAAAAAAUCAAGUCUUUCUAGAUCAUGUACAAAAAUGAGAAAAUAUGAAGCGACUGAAUCUUCAGCAUGCUCCUCAUUUAAACUUGUGUUAUGUAAAUUGUGCCAUGUUAUUAAAAAAUGUGUACUUA